CCAGGGUCGUUCGUGAGUCGUCCUGGGAUUCGUAGUUCGCCUUUCCCUCGCUUCGCCAGUUUCUCUUUACCGGGGACUCCAUUUCCCGGCGUUCACUGCGGCGCUCGACCCUUGGCGUUUGCGCGUUGCCCUCUCCCCACCCUCCCCAAUUUCCACUCCCCCCCCACCCGACUUCGCCUGCCGCGGUCGGGUCCGCGGCCUGCGCUGUAGCCGUCGCGGUUCUUUGGAAGCAGCAACUCCCCUCCCCCACCCUGUUCCCGGUCCCCGUCCAGCCGCUGACGUGAAGAUGAGCAGCUCAGAGGAGGUGUCCUGGAUUUCCUGGUUCUGUGGGCUCCGUGGCAAUGAAUUCUUCUGUGAAGUGGAUGAAGACUACAUCCAGGACAAAUUCAAUCUCACUGGACUCAAUGAGCAGGUUCCUCACUAUCGACAAGCUCUAGACAUGAUCUUGGACCUGGAGCCUGAUGAAGAGCUGGAAGACAACCCCAACCAGAGCGACCUGAUUGAGCAGGCAGCCGAGAUGCUUUAUGGAUUGAUCCACGCCCGCUAUAUCCUCACCAACCGUGGCAUCGCCCAGAUGUUGGAAAAGUACCAGCAGGGAGACUUUGGCUACUGUCCCCGUGUGUACUGUGAGAACCAGCCAAUGCUUCCCAUCGGCCUUUCGGACAUCCCAGGUGAGGCCAUGGUGAAGCUCUACUGCCCCAAGUGCAUGGACGUGUACACACCCAAGUCAUCGAGGCACCAUCACACGGACGGCGCCUACUUCGGCACCGGUUUCCCUCACAUGCUCUUCAUGGUGCACCCCGAGUACCGGCCCAAGCGGCCCGCCAACCAGUUUGUGCCCAGGCUCUACGGUUUCAAGAUCCAUCCAAUGGCCUACCAGCUGCAGCUCCAAGCCGCCAGCAACUUCAAGAGCCCAGUCAAGACGAUCCGCUGAUUCCCCAUCCCACUUGGCCCUCAGUCUUUGACACCUCUGAUCCUUUGCUGCCACCCUUUCAAGAACCCUCUAUGGUUUUUAGUUUAAAUUAAAGGAGUCAUUAUUGUGGUGGGAAUAUGAAAUAAAGUGGAAGAAAAGGC